CGUCGCCGCCCGCCGCACGGGGAGCUGCAGUACUUGGGGCAGAUCGAGCACAUCCUCCGCUGCGGCUUUCGGAAGGAUGACCGCCCGGGCACCGGCACCCUGUCGGUGUUCGGCAUGCAGGCACGCUACAGCCUGAGAGAUGAAUUUCCUCUGCUGACAACCAAACGUGUUUUCUGCAAGGGUGUUUCGGAGGAGUUGCUGUGGUUUAUCAAGGGAUCCACAAACGCUAAGGAGCUGUCUUCCAAGGGAGUGAAAAUCUGGGAUGCCAAUGGGUCCCGAGACUUCUUGGACAGCCUGGGAUUCUCCACCAGAGCAGAAGGGGAUUUAGGCCCAGUUUAUGGCUUUCAGUGGAGGGAUUUUGGGGCCGAAUACAAAGAUAUGGAUUCAGAUUAUUCAGAUCAAGGAGUAGAUCAACUGCAAAAAGUGAUUGACACAAUCAAAACCAACCCUGACGACAGAAGAAUCAUCCUGUGUGCUUAGAAUCCAAAAGAUCUCCCUCUCAUGGCCCUACCCCCGUGCCACGCCCUUUGCCAGUUCUACGUGGUGAACUGUGAGCUGUCCUGCCAGCUGUACCAGAGGUCAGGAGACAUGGGCCUGGGUGUGCCCUUCAACAUCGCCAGCUACGCCCUCUACAUGAUCGCACACAUCACGGGCCUGAAGCCAGGUGACUUUGUACACACUUUGGGAGAUGCACACAUUUACCUGAAUCACAUUGAGCCGCUGAAAAUUCAGCUUCAGCGAGAACCAAGGCCUUUCCCCAAGCUCAGAAUCCUUCGAAAAGUUGAGAAAAUUGAUGACUUCAAGGCUGAAGACUUUCAGAUUGAAGGCUACAAUCCUCAUCCGACUAUUAAAAUGGAAAUGGCUGUUUAGAGUGCUUUUGAAGGAGUUGUUU